CUUAGCUGUUUUACACACUUAUUACAAGCUUCACCUUUUUUGCUGCUUUUAUAAUCUGAAUGAUCUAAAAACUACUAUAUCUGCACCUCUCUUAAUACCACUACAGAGCUGGUUAUAUGAUUGUGUUACUAUGUAUUGUUCUGCAAAGGCAUUUUGAUUACAGCGAUCGCAAUUUAAUUUGGGCAUUUAACAUUUUGUGACUGUGUACCAAUGUAUUAGAGGGGAAGCUAGAAAGGUUUUUUCAAACUGAAAUACCUACUUGCAAUCCUGAUUGCCGGUAUGCUUGCGUUUCUUGUCGGGUUGCUCUGCUUUGUUGCGCUUGGUGGAGGGUAUGUGGCACGUGGACAGGAUGCCAAGGGUACCCGCUUUGUGUGCACCUCCAUCCCCAUUGACGCUGAUCCCAACUGCCCUCUGCCACCCAUACCCAUGCAAAGCACAAGCCCUCAAGAGGACGAACUUAGGAACACCGUAAUGCAGCUCCGGGAGACAAUAUUGCAACAGAAAGAGACCAUCGUGAACCAAAGGGACACUAUCAAGGAGCUUACAGGUAAACUGACCCAGUGCGAGUCCGCCUCUGAGAGCACCAUGUUGGAUGGCAAACAGAACCAAGGGUCCUGGAGAAAGGACUUCAGUAAGACCAGUGGCAAAGACACCAUGGGAGAUCUUCCACGGGACCCGAGUGAGACAAUCGAUAAUCUCGGUCGGACAAUGCAAUCAUUAAAGGACAGGCUGGAGAACUUAGAGCAACAACAGAUGCGAGCCAAUAUGUCCGGUGCAGCUUUUCCUAAUGAGCUUCAUGACCUUCUACAGAGAAGACUUGGAGAUUUGGAAAAUCAGCUUUUGAAUAAAGUGUCUGAACUUGAGGAUGAGAAAUCCAUGUUGUACAAUGAGACUGCAGCACAUCGCCACAGGACAGACACUGCCCUAAAUACACUGCUGGAACGAAUUCAUGAAUUAGAAAAAGGUAACAGUGGAUUUAAGUCUCCUGAGGAUUUCAAGGUGUCCCUGCCUCUGCGCACAAACUAUCUUUAUGGGCGGAUCAAGAAGUCCCUCCCAGAGAUGUACGCCUUCACCAUCUGCAUGUGGCUGAAGUCCAGCACCAGUCCCGGGAUUGGGGCCCCAUUCUCCUAUGGGGUUCCUGGGCAAGCCAAUGAAAUUGUGUUGAUUGAGUGGGGGGAUAACCCGAUAGAGCUGCUCAUUAAUGAUAAGGUUGCUCAGCUCCCUCUGUCAGUCAGUGAUGGGAGGUGGCAUCACAUCUGUAUCACUUGGACAACCAGGGAUGGUCUUUGGGAAGCGUACCAGGAUGGAGAGAAACUUGGCUCAGGGGAGAAUCUGGCCCCCUGGCACCCAAUUAAACCUGGAGGAGUUAUUAUCCUGGGUCAGGAACAGGACACUGUUGGAGGGAGGUUUGAUGCCACUCAAGCCUUUGUUGGUGAGAUGACUCAGUUUAACAUCUGGGACCGGGUCCUGAAAGCCCAGGACAUCAUGAGCAUGGCAAACUGCUCCUCCAACAUGCCUGGCAACGUCAUCCCCUGGGUCGACAACAAUGUAGAUGUGUUCGGAGGAGCGACAAAGUGGGCCUUGGAAAUGUGCGAGGAGCGACUGUACGACUCCUAACCGCGGGAGGGACUCACCAGGCCCUUCUUUUCCAGGAGACCAUCUCCCUCGAAGUCUGCCCUGCACAGAUUUCUCCAGAUGAAUUCCUGAAGUUUGGGAAGGGAGUGAGGCAAUGGGCCUGUGGUGGGGUUAUGGUGUUAGAUUGAUCAAACAUGUACUGUGCAAUCAAAUACAUUAAAACAGGCAUUAACACAGAAUGCCCUAAGCACUAGAACAAGCUUUGAGUUUUUUAAAGGUUUGUGUAUUCUUUAAUUUGGAAGAUUUCAAUGCUCCAGUAAAUACAGCCUUGUUGGUUGUGUUUGUUUUAAGGUACCCACAAGAUGCACACUAAACAAGUAGACCUCACCCAGCAGAAAAUGGGAAUAAAAGUUUAGGGAUUAUAAAGGGGUGGUGAUAUAUACAUUAAGGGUUGUUCAUACUUCAGUUGAGAAAAAUUAAAGCUCUAACCACCAGUCUCUCUUUGAUAGCCAGACAGCGACACAGCUAGAGAGACUAGACUUCACACUCAGCGACGUUCACACAGCUGGAAUAUGAACCUUCCUAUAAGCUGCACUUACACAGGUACCCAGAUCUGCAUUAUAUCCACCAUUCAUUUUUACAUAUUUAUUUCAGUGGAGUUGGUGUAUGUAUUUAUGAAACCUCUAGCAGGAGAUUAAUAAGACUAUACACCAUCGCCAUCUUCUGGACAUUCAACACAUUACAGCAUACAGUGGCAGUAUCCAAUCCAGAUCAUGUCUCAACAUCCAAAGCAAUUUGGGUACUUUUGUAAACUAGUGAAGAGCUAUUAUGGGGGGGGGGGGGGGGGGGGAUAUUUAAUGUACUUGGAAGCAUAGCUCAGGUUCAACACCUGGGCUGGCUUUUAGUGAAUAAUAAGACAUUACAAAAGGAAUUCAUCUGGGGAAAAGCUUGUACUAACAUUUCCAUAAUCCCAAAUGAAUAAAUUGUUUCCUUUUUUUCUGGCAAUCUAAAAAAAAAAAAAAGAUUAUUUAACCCUUAUUUAAAUACUGUAAUAUUUAUUAAAUAUUUUCAUAUACACUUUUAGGAAUUGUCCGGUGGAGAUUAUUUUAUUUCUGUAGAUAAUCUUUUAGCUUUCUGUUUACAAUUUUUUUUUCAAAAAUGAAAAAGAAAGAAAAAUAAGACUAAUGUAUAUUCUACUGAACUGUGUCUUGAGUUUGUUUGGUUUCACAUGGAAUGCCUGUUUUUAAAUAGUAAUUCCAGAGGCAAUGCUUUUCAUUCCUUUCUGAAUGGCCUUUAUCCAGCACUAAGUGCCAAAGUGUGAUUUCAAGGUUUGUGAAAAAGUAAACACCUCCUGAUUUGCCAAUGAAAGUAGUAUAGUCUAUCAAUUAAAAUGCUCAUUCUGCUUUUGUUGUUCUGAUUUCCUAAAUGAAUGCGUGUUUGUUAAAGUUUUUUAGCUGCUAAGAUUACCCCUUCGUGAUUAAGGCUUUGCAUAUUUUUGCUUUCAUUUUUAAUCAUCUUUGUAUAAAAAGAAUAAGGAAAUAACAAUACAGAAGAGUAUGGAAGCCUGCAUUUAUAGAUUGGCAUGUGAGAAGAGAGUAAAUAUUGUGUCUGAUGUCACUUUAAGAUGUUAUUUUUUACAUUUGAUUCUAAUGGGAUUUUUUUACUUACUGUAUAUUGUAUAAUGUAAUUGUGCUAUUAUGUUUAAAGAGAUUUAAAAUCCUUCAAAGGCAUGUCUAAUCUAAAUGUUUUUCACACACCCUUACUUACAGUAUAUGACAACUGGGAAUAUUGGUUCUAUUGACUCAUGUUUAAUUAAUAAAGCAUAUGUGAUGACA